AACUGCAAUAAAUGUUUCGUUUCUUCUCUUCAAAUUGCACACAAUAUUUACACAAAAGUAAAUACUGUCAAACUUAAAUUAUAUAAACGUCAAGAGUCAAGAUCAGACGUUCCGGAAAUUCAAAGAGCUAAUUGGCUUCAGCAAUUAAGUAAAUUUAGCGCGACGCGCAGAAAAACAACAAAAACAAAAGCAAAUCAAAUGAUCUGAAACAAGAUAAGAUGCAAGUGAAAAAUGUGCAACGACAAAUAGAGAACUUCUUGUGUUGACUGACUGAUGUACAGCAGUCCAAGUGAAUGUGUCUUACAUGAAUGCAAUUUGUGCGUGAGCAAAAGAACACAAUGUUGGAGGUGGACAAAAUGCUGGUGAAGUGCGGCGACUUCAGUCGCAUGCAGUGGCUGAUGCUGGUGCUCUUCAGUUUGAUAAACUUACUAUCAGCCUUGCACUACUAUUCACAAACAAUAAUCAGUUUUGUGCCCAAGUAUUGGUGUGCAGAUGACUUGCCUGCAGACUUUGAACCACCGCAAAAAUCGAGUUGUAUGCCACUGGGCAUGAAUGAAAGUACUUCUGGAAAAUGUAAUAGCUACAACUAACAUAACAUAUGAACUCUACAUGGGUUAUAAGAGCUUUCCCAGCGAGAUGAACUGGAUAUGUGACAAUGCCUGGCAGCUAACUCUCGGCCAGUCCAUGUUCUUUGUGGGCUCCGUUGUGGGCACGCUGUCACUGGGCUAUCUGGCCGAUAUACUGGGCCGAGUGCCUAUAAUGAUUGUGGCCAAUCUGAUUGCCAUGUUGGGCAACAUGUUGACCAUUUUCAGUUCCAACCUGAUGCUCUUCUGCACAUUUCGCUUGAUCUCUGGCUUUGCCACUGACAGCAACUUUCUCAUGAUGUACAUACUGGUUAUGGAAUAUAUGCGUCCUUCGUUGCGCACUAUUGGACUAAGCAUCUGCAUUGGCAUCUUCUACUGCAUUGGCUCGAUUAGCGCACCUUGGAUUGCAGUGCUCAUGGGCAGUUGGCGUGGCUAUUUGCUAGUCACCUCGCUGCCCCUGUCACUAGUGCCGCUUUUCUAUUUCAUUGUGCCCGAGAGCGUGCAGUGGCUGGUGUCGAAACAACAAUACGAACGAGCUGCACGCUGCCUAAAACGUGUGGCCAAGAUCAAUGGCCGACAGGUUGAGGAGCGGGAAUACGAUCAGUUCAUUGAGGAAUGCAAGCAGAGUCAACGAACCACAAAGAGCGCACCCAAUCUGCUGGGUCUCUUCAAGACGCCUCGUCUGCGCCGCAAUACGCUCAUCUUGUUCUUCAAAUCCAUGGUCAUUACACUCUGUUACGAUGCUGUAUCCCGUAAUGUGCAAGGCCUUGGCAUUUCGCCAUUUGUGAUGUUUUCAUUGAGUGCCACCGCAAUAUUGCCAGCCUGUUUACUGCUCAUCGCUCUCCAAGAUCGCCUUGGUCGCAAGGCAAUGGCUUCGAUGUCGCUGCUGAUCAGUGGCAUUUUAAUAUCAGUCACUAGUAUCGUGCUUUUUGUUGCUAUCUCCGAAAAUAAUCAAACAACAACUUUACUGGUGACGCUCUCGGUGAUUGGUCGCUUUGGUGUCACCGUGGCUUACAAUUCGGGCGCCCAAUAUGCCACUGAGCUAAUACCAACUUGUGUGCGUGGACAGGGCGUGGCCGCGGUGCAUGUGAUGGGCUAUGCCUUCACCUUCUUCAGCUCCUACAUUCUCUAUACACGCACAAUAUUCUCACCUCUGCCGGAAAUCAUUCUGGGUUUGCUUUCGCUGCUGGGCGCUUGCUUGUGCCUCCUGCUGCCUGAGACACUGCAUCGCACAUUGCCCGCUUCGCUGGAAGAUGGCGAGAACUUUGGCAAGAACGAGCAUUGGUACACCUUUAGCUUCUUGGAGAAGCGCACACAGUCGGUGACCAAGCUGACUCCAGGUAGAACUAAGUCUCAGUCGAACUCAAUAGAUUCCUCCAAUUAUUUUUAACGUAGCUCGUUGUGGAGUGUUUUAGUCUAGUUGAAAUGUUAGCAUACUUUUAUGCUCUCACUUAAAGUUCCUUCAUAUCAUAAUGUGUAGUCAGCACAAUAUCAUUGUACAAAUAAAGCACUUUUAGUUGAGCAAGCUGAGA